CGUUUGGCGAAAACUGAUGCAAAAGAGAAUUGACAGUCGGAAGAAACACGAGGGAAGGAAUUGUCAUUAUUUUUCGAAAAUUAAAUAUUCGCCCACGAAAAAAUGCAAACGAAUGCGACAUUUUCGUAAUGUUUGCAAGGCGCCUGAUAUUCGCCAACAGUUUACGUGUUUCGACGCUGGAAAAGUAUCUAAAUUGGUGUACCGCACUCUAAACCGAAUUGCGGAGUCAAUAGCAUAAAGCGAAAAAAGCGUGUGCAAUUGUGUUAGUGUGAGUGCGUGCGUCGGUUGCUUGUGCUUGGUGUGUUGGCCAGAAAAAAGCAGUGAAGAGCAAAGAAAAAAAGAGAAAAGAACAAUUGUCGCGCGGGCAACGAACGUUCAAAUCGUUGUUGAAGGACGCAGAACGGUCGCGGGAGGCAGAAGGAGGCAAGCAGGCAGGACCUAUAAAACGUCGAAAGUCGUCGACCGGGCCGAUGAGGAUCUUAAGCAUUGCGCAAAUGAACGCCAGCUAGUUUUAUGUGUGUGCGUGUGUGUGUGUCUGGGUCCGCGCAACACGCCCGCCUACACUACAGCAGCAGCAACAACAACAAUAACAUAAUCAAGCGACAGCAACAACGACCGCAUCGAAUGCUAUCAUUUAUUUUUUGCGCCAUCGCCACCUAUUCCACCCCUUCCACCGUAGCCCCAUCAACAUUGCUACUGAUUUAAUUUACGCGCUGCCCAACAACAACAAAUAGUAGUUGAUCAUAAUCCAUAUAUAUAUAUAAUAGUGAAAGUAGCAAGGCGGGGCAGCGUCCAUAAAAUCCUUCAAAAUUCCACCACAAACACCCACCACUGCGAGCGCCAUGCCCGUUUCGUUGGCUGUGUGCGAAACAGCAAAUGUCGUCAACGCUGCGCUGCGGGAAUCUCUUGGCGUCAACGUCGGCGUCGGUGGUUGCGUCGCAGCGACUGCAGCCAACAACCGAUCUGGUUCUGGUGCCGGAUCUGCUGCCGACGAAGCUAGAACCGGUGAUGAUGCUGCUGGGGUCACCGAUAACUUACAGAGUCAAAUUGUGGCCAGUGCCAAGCGUGUCUUGUUUGCCAAAAUCGAAUAUGAGGAGGUCAAGAAUUACAAUGAAUCGGUGCUGGCGAAACUCAAAUCCAAAUACAUCGUGAUUGAGCCCGAUAACAACAACAAAACAAAUGGCGCUGGCAAAAUCACCAACUCCAAUGGACAUGACAAUAAUAACGGCAUCAACCAAAAUGGCAAUCGCAAGCAACAGCAACAGCUGAUGGAUGCACAAUCCAAUCAGAAUGCCAACACUAAUGGCUCCAGUCAGAAUCCCAAUGAGCUGCCCAAACCGAAACGAGUGUUGUAUCCGCGAGAGAAUAUUCGCAUUGGCUGGAAGCAAUCGGAGCGCAAGUGGCAAGUGGGCUCUGGCAUGUUAAAUGUGGGCAACACUUGUUACCUCAACUCCACGCUGCAGGCGCUCUUUCACAUCCCGGCGCUAGCCAAUUGGCUCGUCUCGGAGUCGUCGCACCUGGAGAACUGCAACAUUAGCGAAUCGUGUGGCGGCAAUGGCUGCAUCAUUUGUGCCAUGGCCAAAACCCUGCAGUCCACACAAUCCAAUCAGUCGGCGGUGCGCCCGUUUCUCAUCUACACCAAGCUGAGGCAAAUCUGCAAGCAUAUGGUUGUGGGACGUCAGGAGGAUGCCCAUGAGUUCUUGCGCUUCCUCGUGGAGGCCAUGGAGAAGGCGUAUCUGAUGCGUUUUCGCAACUACAAGGAACUGGAUCAACUGGUGAAGGAGACAACGCCGCUGAAUCAAAUCUUCGGUGGCUAUUUGCGCAGCGAGGUGCGCUGCUUAAGCUGCAAUCAUGUGUCGAUAACGUUUCAACACUUCCAAGAUUUGCUGUUGGACAUACGCAAGGCCGACACGCUAGAGGAGGCAUUCGAUGGUUACUUUUCGCGCGAACGUCUUGAGGAUAUGGGCUACAAGUGCGAAGGCUGCAAGAAGAAGGUCUCGGCCACCAAACAGUUUAGUCUGGAGCGAGCACCGAUUACGCUGUGCAUACAGCUGAAACGCUUUUCCAUGAUGGGCAACAAGCUGACCAAACAGAUUAGCUUCAAGCCACGCAUCGACCUCAGCAGAUUCGCCGCACGCAGUCCCUCAGCCGCUGCUCAGCCCUUGAGCUAUCGCCUGGUGUCGAUGGUGACGCAUUUGGGUGCCUCGCAGCAUUGUGGUCACUACACAGCCAUCGGUUUAACCGAAGCGGGCAGCUAUUACAACUUUGAUGACAGCUAUGUGCGACCGAUUGCCAUGCAAAGCGUUUGCAAUACCAAUGCCUACAUCAUGUUCUAUGAGCUGGAUGUGAACAGUCAGAUGGUAAGCAAUGGUCCCAAACUAAACGGACUGCGUCUGACCAAUGGUCAGCAUAGUCCAGCCGCAGUUGCUGCCACAUCAACGGCGGCAGCCACUGCCACAACUGCUGCUGUUGCAUCGCCACGUUUCAUUGGUCCCCAGCUGCCGAAUGGCUACGCGAAUAGCAAUGGACAUGCUCUUGGUGGGGUCAAGACCACCAUUCAGUACAAGAGCACGCCACUGAAGCAACAACAACAGUCACAACAGCAGCCACUGCAGAAUGGCAUCCUUAAGUUGCAAGAGACUGCAAAAACUGCGGCAACGGCAACAGCAACAUCCACAUCAACAACUGCUAAUAAAAGUUCCUGCAACAUCAACAAUUCAACAACCAAUCAACAACAAAAACACAACCAGCAACAACGUAUUCUGCCAAUGUCAUCCGAUGAGGAGGACGACGAGGAUGAUGAAGAGGAUAGUGGCGAUGAUGAUAAUGUGAAAACCAAUAACAAAGCGCCACAGCUGCCGAGCAUGCCGAAAAUGUUUGAGGAGAGCAGCGGCGAAAGUGUUGCACAACCUACUGCCAAGUUGAAGCCAAAGACGCCAAUGAAGAGUCUUGUGCCCUACGAGUCGGCCUCCGAGGAGGAAGAAGUAGCAGCAGCAGCAACACAACAACAGCAGCCUCAACAAGCAGCAGCAACCACAACAACAGCAACAAUAACAAAUCCACGCAAGCGACGCAGUGGCGCCGAUUCAAGUGAAUCCGAUGAGGAAGAAACGAGGACGCCGCCAACGCCAACGAUAGUGUCGCUGCGCAAUGGUCAUGCGAAAACAAAUGGCAGCUCUCCGAGCACCAACAACAAUACUAACAACAAAGCCAAGUCCGCCUCAAAUGCCUCGUCGGCCAAUGUUAACAACAGCAACAAACAAAAGACUGAUGCCAUAGACGAGAUAUUUAAAAGUUUAAACAAUUACAAAAACAAACAUAGAAACAAAGCUGACAGCAAUGAUGACGAAGAUGAGGAUGACGAUGAUGACGAAGAUGGUCAGCAAAAGAAGCUAAAGAGCAACGGUUGGCAGUCACAAAAUGGUAACAGCAGCAGCAACAUCAGCAGCAAAGCGCCACCAUCGCCAAAGACGCCGCCAUCGCCAGCGGUGAUUAAAUCCAAAACUGGCGUAUGGAAGGUUACGCAUAACGAUGAUGCCGACGACGACGAUGAUGAUGAUGAUGACGUCGAUGUGGAUAAUGACGAUGUGGAAGAUGUUGUGCCUAAACCGUCAAAGAAUCACAAGAAUCCGUUUGCCAGCAAUAAGGCGGCCGAGGCAAAUGCAUCGCCUGGUCCCAAGCGUCAGAAGCUGCUCAAUGGCAGCGCAAAGUCACAACAGACACCAAGGAUUGGCAAUGGAUAUCAGAGCGAAUCGAUGGCCAACGGCAAUGCUGUGAGCGAGCUGCUCAAGCAGACGCAUCGUGGCUACGGCAGCUCGGUGCUCAGCUGGAACGGCAAGGCAUCCGAGAUGGACAAGGAGCUGCAAGCAGAGGCGCGGGAGCAGCGCAAACGGGAUGAAGAUGAUGAUGAGGAGAACGAAAUGGAUCGUGGACGUCAGCGAAAGAUCAAAUCGGCGUCGGUGAAAUGUAAUAAUAACAGCACGCCCGGCUACAAUCCAUUCCAGGAAUAUGAGGGACAAAAGCGCUGGCAUGGCGGCAACAAAUCCGGCGGCAGCUUUCCUCCCCGUUUCCAUCAUCAGAACUAUCGCCCCAAUUUCCAGCAGCGCAGUAAAUUCAAAUACAAUCGCUUUGGUAGCGGUUCAAAGUUUCAACAGCAGCGCGCCUUGCAGCGCCAUCUAGCGUCUGGUGGAGGAUUUACGCGGCGACAACAACAUCAGUCUAGCGGCCAGCAGCAGCAAAAUCAACAGUCCUAACUGGAUGACAACAACGAUGACUGUCAUCAUCAUCGCCCUCGCCCUCGCCACGCCGCCCGCUUUCGGUUGCUCCACUUGUUGGUGUUGUUGUUGUUGGCCAGCAGCUGCAGCAGCAAGUGGCAAACGGGUUCGAUUGGAUUUUACAUGAGUUUUGUAAACAUUUUUUAACUGCUGAUGAAUAUAUAUAUAUAUUAGGACUAAGCUAUAAGCUAGAGCAUUAUUGUUGCGCCUUUCCCCCGUCCCCGCCAACCACUAUCCCCCAUAACCCCCACCUCCAAAUCCCCUUCAUAAUAUAAGUUUAGUUUUAAAGAAUGUUUGGCAUUUUAUUUAUUGUGUUUAUUUUUAAAGAUGAUUAUUGGAUUUCACAUAAAACUAAAGCAAAUUAUAUCGCUGGAUUAUAUACAUUUUUUUAAAAAAUGUCAAUCCUCAUCCCAAAAAAAGAAAACAAAAAAACAAAACGAAAUAUAAACCAAAUUGCAAAAAAAAAAGAAAACAUAUACAAAAGAAACACGUAAAAAAUUAAAUGCAAACCACAUAAGAAAAUGCAAAUAAACAAUUGUAAGAAAAA